AAGAGUAAAUGAUAAUAAAGAAAAAAAGAAAGGAAGAAAAUAAAAAAGAAAAUAAUCCAAAGAAAUGAAUAACUACUGGCAGAAUUUAAGAAAGUAAGAAAACAUCAAAAGGACGGAUCAAAGAAGGAAAAGGAAGAAGACGGGAAACAAGGAGCAAUAAAAAGGAAAAGGAGAAAACAGAAACAAAUGGUAGACUUAAAGAAAGAAAAAUACAGAUAGGAAAAAAAAGAACACAGAGCACACAAAUGAGUACACAAGGAAAGAAAACAGCAAGCGGAGGGAUUAAAGAAAGAAAGAAAGGAAGAAAGAAAGAAAGAAAGAAAGAAAGAAAGAAAGAAAGAAAGAAUGAAUGAAAAGAAAAGAAACAAAUCAAAUGAAUAAAUAUAUUCGGAUCAAUGAAAGAAAGCAAGAAGGAAAAAGAACGAAAGAAACGAAUGAUGAAAGUAGGAAAAGAAGAUAAUCCAAGUACCAUAAUAAAAUAAAGAAUUACAGGAUGGAUGAGGGGUGGAGCUUUCAUGAACCCCAUUAACCUGGGGCACACUCUCUUUCUCCACAUAAACAUUCUGUAAAUAAUGGGUAUUUGGUUUUUGUAGAGCAGUUAGAGCAGUUGGUGCGAGGCUGCAGGACGUGAGUCAUCAUUAAUGUUGGUUAAUAAGUGCACCAGCCUGGUGUGAGAGCACACAAGUCUCAUGUGGUGUGAAUACCACAGCUGCCUCAUGGCUUCUAACGUGUCCAACCGGUUGCAUAACAGCCAUGAAGCCUUAAAAUAGAGCGGUCCAUGCACGACGUUCAAAUCCUACAGAGAUCACUCAGGAUAAACAAACGGUCAAAACAACACCACAACAAGACGCUGGAUCCCGUCCGGUCAUCUGUCCAACUGCUUCCAUUUAAAUCAUGGGACCAAAGAUUAAGUUCAGGAAGCAGAAGAAAUAUCGCAACGACGUAAUCGCAACCGCGCACGCUUCGGGAUUAGUACUUCAGUUCUGGAACGCUCUCCUGGUUGGCGAUGAGGUCACUGUGAUCAGUAUCGUCGAUGACCCUGAGUACACACACCUUAUGGAUGCGAUAUAUGACACCAGUGACAUCGAGGAGUGGAAGAACUACAGGUUCAACUACAGAGGGUUAAGACUGUGGUCUCUGACCUACGAGCAGGAGCUGACCACCCCCCUGCACAUCACAGCGGGCAGAGGCUUCACCGAUUGCCUCAGGCACCUCCUUCUGAGAGGGGCCAGUGUAGAUUUUACCCCUGGGGGCAGCACUGCAUUGCACGAGGCAUGCCAGGAGUGCCAGACAGACUGCGUUAAACUGCUGCUACAGUAUGGUGCCAACACCAACGCUGUCAACGAGGAUGGACUGAUGCCCCUGCACCUCUGCACUGAGCCAGAGUCACUGGAGUGUGCCAAGCAUAUCAUCCAGUUCGGUGCAGCCAUAAACGGCUGCAGCUUGGAUGCAAACGACACGCCGUUGCAUGUAGCAGCACGUCACGGCCUCCUGGCCCACGUGGAUCUGUACCUGCGGCACGGUGCCGCAGUGGAGUGCCAGAACGAUGAAGGACAAACGCCACUGAAUGCUGCAUGUUCGUACCCACACGAGCACGCUGCUCUGGAGCGCUAUGCCCAAGUGUGCCAGCGGCUGGUGGAGGCUGGGGCGAAAGUGGUCACGGGCGACGCCGACAACCGCACUCCUCUGCACAUGGCGUGCAAGAACGCCAACCCCAAGAUAGUGGAGCUACUGCUGCGAAAUGGUGCCUCUGUCAAUGACAUGGACUACGGAGGCGAGGCGCCCAUGCAUAAUAUCCUAAAAAUGGUGGCCUAUAAGUUGGAGCAUGAGCCCGAGCGGAUUGUUCAGGAAUUGCUUAACUACGGAUCAAUCAGAGUGUGGCCAGGAGCUCUGCCAAAGGUCCUAAAGUACUGCUGUAUGUCACCACGUACAAUCGAAGUGCUGCUGAAUGCAUAUAGCCGUCUCAAAGUCAAUGAUCGGUGGGUGGAGGCCGUUCCUCCAGACAUGUUCCAGAAACAUCAUGACUUUUACGAGUCUGUGUUUGCCCUGGCCAAUACUCCUCGCUCCCUGCAACAUCUGGCUCGCCACAGGUUACGCACCUAUCUAGAAGGUCGUGUGCACAAAGUGGUGCCCAAUUUAGGCCUGCCCACAUUUCUGAAGCACUACCUGAUGCUGGAGUUUCGAGGUUAUGUUCACUAAGUGCUCGCUGAACUAAAAGUGUACCAUCAGCUUUACAAUCAUUGUGGUACAAGUGAAAAGGACGUGGAUGUUGACUACUAUUGUGUAAAACAAUUCUAGCUAUACAAUUAUUAUUAUUCAAAAAGGCAUGUCUUUUUUUAACUAAGGCAUUAAAUUGUGUUAGCGCAUAUCCUCUGUGGACAUUAGCAGAGGUGACAAUGAUUAUUUUGACCUUUUAUUUUGAUUUAAUUUUUAAUUUUUUUACUGCUAUGGCCCUACAGUUGGCUGAAAACUAUGCUAACGCAAAUAAAAUUCACCUGGCAGAAAAGCUGAUUCACUGAAGGGGAAAGGAUGCACAAUGUGAAAUUUGCUUCUGGUGGUGCUUAUUUUCACUUUUGAGUUCAUCUAGGCGAACUUUGACCUGUGAAUUCACCUUGUCCAUUUCGUGAGCCAAAAGAAAACACAAAAUUUGGUCUCUUUGGUCGAUAAAUUUAUACAUUUGACAUGUCGUCUACUGAUAUGCACUGUGGAUGUCGUCGUAUUCAGAUCAUUUUUUCUCUGUACCUGUUAGGAUUUUCUUGCUAGCAGUGUUAUAAUAUAUUAUAUAGAUAUAGAUAUAGAUAUAUAGAUAUAGAUGCUCCGACCAAUAAUUUGAAGUAGUUCUGUUCUAGUUACUAGAAGGUUGUGAGAUCAAAUCCCAGCUGGAAUAAAAGCAUCUUCCGAAUGAAUAAAUGUAAAUUGCCUUAAAUGAGACACAAAUAUCAUUCAGCUCUGUGCAUAAAUGUGACAUUUGACAUUCAUGACAUCUUUGAUAGACUAGAGUAAAUGAAUGUGUCGAACUCUGGAGCAAACAACGUUUGAGAAUUGUUUUUUUAAUUUUCAGUGUUUAAAAGACUGAUGAUGAUGAUGAUGAUGAUGAUGAUGAUGAUGAUGAUGGUGAUGAUGGGGAAUCGCUUUUGUAGAUGAUGCUAAUAUGCAUUCUCUUUUGCGAUCGCUGUUUUACUGAAACAACAUGUACGGGAAAUAUCAUUAAUAAGACUUUAAAAGGAUGAGCUUUGUUGUAUGAUUGAAGGAUUGCUGUACGGCAUAGUAGAUUUAUUUACCACCUGGAAUUCUUUUACAUGUCUGAUGAGCUUAUUGAUAUCGAGGAAAUUGUGGUUACUUGUUUAGACCACAAGGGGGCGACCUGCAUUUUGAACUAUCACAUCUAUCUCGAAAGACAAUACGAAGUUUUAAAAUAAUGGUUUGAUUGUAUAGCCUGAACAUUUAUUUGCAUUGACAUACAAAUAAACGUGUUUCUUUCUAAUUGUGUGUUUUGUUAGUGAAAUUGAAGCGUACCUGCCAGAAUUAUUGGCACCCUUCCUAGAAAUGAUUGUAUAAAAUAAACACAUUUUUCUUUGUUCUAACAAAAAUAAAGAUUUGCAAUAGAACUGUUUUUAAAAACAGUGUUAUUGUUUAGAAUGAUAGUAGAAAGAAUAUUUGAAAUAAAUCCAAACAAACUUGAAAAUCU